CUUCCCCCUUCACCUUCUUCCCCUGGCCCGAAUCCAUCCUCCCCCUUCCCGCCUCUCCCAACCGCCAAAAUGGACGGCCGCCGCCCUUCUCCUCACGCCGACGACCCCACUUGCGGCGGCGGAGGGGCCAACUCCUCCAUCACGCCCCAAGAACCAGAGGUCUACUCCCCACCUGCCUCUCCUCCCCGCGCGCACCACUCCGGUCAGCCGGGGAGGUCGAUCUUCGUCAACGAGGACACGAGUGGCGGUCCGACCAUUGGCGCCGCCUCGUCCUCCGCCUGGGGACCUGUAGAAGGCCAAGAAUCCAAGAUCACGGACAAGACCGCCGCCCCCUUCCUCUUAGGCCCGCGGCGUCUGAGCAGCCCAACAGGGGGCUCGGACUCCGACUCCGACGACGACGACUGCGAUACCUGGGGCGGCUUCAGCGACCCCUCAACGUCGCUGAGCUCUCCAGACGCCUACGACUGCCGGACCUUCUUCGCUGACCCACCUUUCCAAGAGGAGGCGCAUCACGAGGACUUGCGAUUGGAUGGAAAAUUUCACUUUUAACAGCACACCCAAAAAAAUUCUGUGGUCUCAGAUAUCGAAUCUUGCAAUGGUUACAAGUUCCCAGUAAUACUGCUCAACUUAGUUCGUUCUUGAUUUAUAUCAUCUCUCUGAAUAGUAUCCCUCAGAUAUGAAAUAUUGAAUCUUGCAAUUUGGAAUCUUACAAGUUAUGAUAUUCGUGAUGCUUCCCCCACAUUUCUUGCUAAGUUCAUUUGGGAUGUCAAUGGUGCUUGUUCAUUUACAAGAUCAGUCAUAUGUGCUUUACCUUUGAGGCCUGUAAAUCUUAGUGCUGUUAAAGUCCUAUACGAUUGUCUCUUUUAGGGAUAUAAGGUAGACUUCUAAAACAAACUGAACUUCUGUAUACUACUAAAGCAUCCCUAUGUAUUGCUUGAUAACUGAAAUUUUCGCUUGGUUUGGGCAAAUCUAGGGAUACUAUCUAUGCAUUCCUUCUACGUUGCCUGGGUCGAGAUCUUAGACUGUAGCAUUUGUACUAA